CAUUCGUUUUCGGCCUGAGCUUCUCCCAGAAAUGAAGCUGAUCGCACUGAUUCUGGUUGUGCUGAUGAACUUGACGGCGGUACGAACCAUACGGUUAGCAAUCCUUCCGCCGCCGCUCUCACCGAAUUCAUGGAAUUUGGGAUUACCCAAUAAACUGCGCUUCAUUGAUGAGGUUCCUAGACGAAUUGCUCGAGAACCGAGGAUGAACUACAACUACCCUGCCAGCUUUUGGUUUCGCGGGUAACAUCGUUGCCAAUAGAUUGUGUAUGUAUAAAAGUUGAUUAGCAAA